AUGUUUUUCCACAUAGUGCUGGAACGAAAUAUGCAGCUGCAUCCACGCUACUUUGGUCGUAACCUUCGUGAUAAUCUUAUUUCCAAACUAAUGAAAGACGUGGAAGGAACUUGCAGUGGUCGACAUGGAUUUGUGGUGGCAGUUACAGGGAUAGAAAACGUAGGGAAAGGGUUAAUUCGUGAUGGGACUGGUUUUGUGACAUUUCCAGUUAAGUACCAAUGUGUUGUCUUUAGACCAUUUAAGGGUGAGAUCUUAGAAGCUGUUGUUACCAUGGUGAACAAGGUUUAUACCGUUCUUUUCUCUUUAAAGUGA